UCAGUGCAGAUGUUUCCUCUAUAGAACAAGCUACACCAUCAUAGCAUCUCUCACAGUGGAAGACACUGCAUCCAGAACAGAAAUGGAGUCUGCACCACUUCUCAACACUGAGCUUACCUCUACAUCUCCAGGGAUCACAAGCACUGUAAUUCUAUCUGAUGACCCUGCGCAGUGGCCAGCAGUCCUGACUGAUAGUGUGCGCUGUCAAAUUGUUAAAAAAAGGACCAGUGCAAGUCAAAAACGAUGUAUUCCCCCAAAAUUCUGAUAAUCCACCUAGAAGAUUCACAAAUGACAAUUACAUGAGAAGCAUGAAAAAUGGGGAGAAAAUUCUUAGGUCGUGGAUGUUAUAUUCCAUGAGCACAGACUCAUCGUUCUGUUUUGCCUGCACUGUUUUUGGGAAGCGUGACAAUGCCUUAAGCAACUGGGGCUUCCGUAAAUGGAGGAACCUAGCUCAUCAUUUAAAACAACAUGAAUAUUCAAAGGGUCAUUGUGACAAUAUGACAAACUGGCAUGAGCUGCAGAAGAGACUGCAAACCAAUACAACCAUAGAUAAAAGACAACAAAGCUUGAUGCAGAUUGAGAUUGAGCAUUGGAAAGGUGUUAUAAGGAGAGUGAUUGCUAUAAUUUGUCACUUAGCAGAACGCAACCUGGCUUUAAGAGGGACCACAAGUGAGUUGUAUGACCCACACAAUGGGAAUUUUCUGGCACAAGUUGAACUGAUGGCACAGUUCGAUUCAGUUAUGACUGAACACAUAAGAAGGAUGCAAAACCAAGAGACAAGAGUGCAUUACUUGAGAGGAACUAUUCAAAAUGAAAUAAUUGCAGUAAUUGGAAACAAGGUACUGGAAGAGAUUGUGAGAAGAGUACAUAGGGUAAAGGAUUACUCUAUUAUUAUGGAUUGCACUCCUGAUGUCAGUCAUAAGGAACAGCUUUCCAUUGUUCUGAGAAUUGUGAAUUGUGAACCAUCUGUGUCCAUUGCAGAACAUUUCUUUGGAUUUUUGGAUGUUGAAGACGCAACUGGUAAGGGCCUGACUGAAGUCCUGCUUGACCACCUGCAGAAACACAGCCUGCAGAGUCUUUCUGACCGCCGUGGUCAGUCUUAUGACAAUGGCAGCAAUAUGAUGGGCCAUAAACAGGGUGUUCAAGCAAGAAUUUUGCAAUUGAACAGCAAAGCAUUUUGCAUUCCAUGCAGCAGUCAUACACUUAACCUGGUUGUGGCAGAUGCUGCCAAGUCCUCAGUGCUGUCCAUAUCCUUCUUUGGUGUGUUGCAAAGACUCUAAAGGAACAUGUAAAGCAGCUCACUUUAAAACCUUUGUCAACAACACGAUGGGAAGC